CAAGUUAAAUAAAAAUGAAACAGCAACCAUUUAGAACUGAAACCAAAUCAACGAAGAUUUUCAACUUCUUUUCUCUACUUUUUCAUUUGCUUUUGCUCGACGCUUGUCAUCGGCAGAAUCAAUAACCCGUAGAAAGCUUCUUUGCGGAGAUCCUUGUGCUCGGCUGACAAGAAUUGAAUCUGGGAGCUUGAUUGAUGCAGAUUGUGGCUUAACAUGGAAGGCUUGGGUAAUGCAAAUGAGAUAAAUGCUAGAUGUUUAUCAACAAGUUUUCCCCAGAUGUGGAGUCAAUGGCAACUAUUAGAUUCGAUACUUCCUACUGGGGGCUUUGCUCAUUCUUUUGGUCUCGAGGCAGCUAUGCAAGCUCGCCUGGUCACUACCACCGAUGAUCUAAAAACCUACGUGAUCCAUGUGUUGGAGAAUGCAGGAAGCCUGCUUCUACCUUUCAUCUGUGCCACAACAACCUCACCAGAUGCACAGACAUGGCGUAGGCUCGACAGAUUGUUGAAUGUGAUGCUGACAAAUGAGGUAAGCCGGAAGGCGUCCACAGCUCAAGGAUCAGCGUUAAUGAGGGUAGCUGCUUCUGUUUUCUCUGAGAUCCCCUGCCUGAAAACAAUGAGAGGCGAAGCUCUGAGCAGUGGGGAGUUGUACUUCCACCACGCCCCCGUGUUUGGGCUUGUAUGCGGACUUCUUGGAUUUGAUGCCGAGACUACACAGAAAGCGUACAUGUUUGUGACCAUGAGAGACAUCAUAUCUGCUGCGACGAGACUAAAUUUGGUCGGACCAUUGGGCGCUGCUGUGUUGCAACAUCAGGUUGCUCCGGUUGCUGAGAGCUUGUCGACCAAGUGGAUGAAUCGGGGCGUGGAUGAGGCGUGCCAGACGUGCCCGUUGCUUGAUACUGUGCAGGGCUGUCACAGCUACUUGUUUUCCAGACUGUUUUGCUCUUGAACGGUGAAAAUGAAAGUGUGUUGGUGGGUUACAUGACAACUUUUGCAGCCUGUUUGUGGAAUGGUUAUGCAGAUGCUAAUGGAAAUUGUUUGCUCUAAGUUGUAAUAUAAUCUUUUAUUCAAUAAAUAAUAGUAGUAGUAUUGUAUAUUUAA